AUGGCUUUGCGCUCUGCUUGGUGCUCUGUGCUGCCCCUCUGGCUCCUCUGGGGCGCUGUUUGCUCCAGCCUAGUAGCCAGUGAGGACAACGCUCUGACUUUUGACAUCGAAGGGAGCUCAGCGGUUGGCAACCAAGACCUGCCUGAGAGGAGCGUGGCGUUUGGACAGCAGCCUUCUACUACCCAGAAAUGUGGAGCUGGCUUCUUUCGUGCCCUAUCAGGAGAAUGUCUGCCCUGUGACUGUAACAGUAACUCCAAUACAUGCUUAGACGGCUCUGGAUUCUGUGUGAACUGCCAGAGGAACACAACAGGAGAGCACUGUGAAAGGUGUCUGAAUGGUUAUAUUGGAGAUUCCAUCAGGGGAGCGCCCCGAUUCUGCCAGGCAUGCCCCUGUCCCCUGCCCUACAUGGCCAAUUUUGCAGAGUCCUGCUACAGGAAAAAUGGAGCUGUUCGGUGUAUUUGUAAAGAAAACUAUGCUGGACCCAACUGUGAAAGAUGUGCUCCGGGUUACUAUGGAAACCCCUUACUGAUUGGAAGCACCUGUAAGAAAUGUGAUUGCAGUGGGAACUCAGAUCCCAAUCUGAUCUUUGAAGAUUGUGAUGAAGUCACUGGCCAGUGUAGGAACUGCUUACGCAAUACCACUGGAUUCCAUUGUGAACGCUGUGCACCUGGCUACUAUGGGGACGCCAGGAUAGCCAAGAACUGUGCAGUAUGCAACUGCGGAGGAGGCCCUUGUGACAGUGUAACUGGAGAAUGCUUGGAAGAAAGUUUUGAACCCCCUACAGGCUGUGACAAGUGUGUCUGGGAUCUGACAGAUGACCUGCGGUUAGCAGCACUCUCAAUAGAAGAAAGCAAAUCUGGUCUGCUGAGUGUGUCAUCUGGUGCUGCUGCCCAGAGGCAUGUGAAUGAAAUGAAUUCCACCAUCUACCUCCUCAAAACAAAAUUGUCAGAAAGAGAAAACCAGUAUGUCUUAAGAAAAAUACAGAUCAACAAUGCUGAGAAUACAUUGAAAAGCCUUCUGUCUGAUGGAGAGGAAUUAACUGAAAAGGAAAAUCAAGCUUCCAGAAAGGGUCAACUGAUUCAAAAGGAAACCAUGGAUACCACUAAGCAUGUGACUCAACUUGUUGAGCAAGCCCAUGCCAUGAAGGAGAAAAUCCAAGAGAUCAACCACAAGAUGCUCUAUUAUGGAGAAGAGCAGGAACUUAGCCCUGAGGAGAUCUCUGAGAAGCUGGUGUUGGCCCAGGAGAUGCUUGAAGAGAUUAGACGUCGCCAGCCAUUCUAUAUACAAGAGGAGCUUGCAAAUGAGGAAACAGAUGAAGUCUAUGAAUUGUUGAACCUGGCUGAGAGUUGGCAGCGGCAGUACAAUGACACCCGUUCCCUGUUUCCUGUUGUCCUGGAGCAGCUGGAUGACUAUGAUGCUAAGUUGUCAGACCUCCAGGAAUCACUAAACCAGGCCCUCAACCAUGUCAGGGACACUGAAGACAUGAAUAGAGCCAUAGCAGGCAAGCAGCGAGACCACAAGAAACAAUAUGAGCGAGUGAGAGAGCAAAUGGAAGUGGUGAAUAUUUCUCUGAGGGCAUCUAGUGACUCUCUGACCAUCCCUCGUCUGACCCUUUCAGAAUUUGAUGAUAUUAUUAAGAAUGCAUCAGGGAUUUAUGCAGAAAUUGAUGGAGCCAAAAAUGAACUAGAAAUAAGACUGGCCAAUCUGAGUAACCUCAGUCAGGAUUUGGUCCAAGAAGCUGUUGACCAUGCACAGAACCUUCAGGAAGAGGCAGAUGAAUUGAACAGGAACUUGCACAGUUCAGAUACCAAUGGGCUAGUGCAGAAAGCUUUAGAUGCAUCAAAUGUCUAUGAAAAUAUUGCCAAUUAUGUCAAUGAAGCUGAUGAAACAGCACAAUUAGCUCUGAAUGUCACAGACCGAAUAUAUGAUGCUGUGAGUGGAAUUGAUACUCAAAUCAUUUACCAUAAAGAUGAAAGUGAUAACCUUCUCAAUCAAGCCAGAGAUCUGCAAGCAAGGGCAGAUUCAAGCAGUGAUGAGGCUGUGGCUGACACCAGCAGGCGUGUGAAUGAGGCUCUGGCCAGGAAGAAUUACCUGAAAAACAGAUUAAAUGAUGCCAUUAAGCACCUACAAGCAGCCGAAAGAGGUGAUGCUCAGCAGCGCCUGGAUCAGUCCAAGCAGAUCUUAGCAGAAGCUAACAGGACAGCAAUGGAGGUCCUACAGGUCACCGUCCCAAUGGCUAACAACAUAACCACCUGGUCCCAGAACCUUCAAACUUUGGACUCUUCUGCUUACAACACUGCAGUGGACUCUGCUAAAGAUGCAGUGAGAAAUCUGACAGAAGUUGUCCCUCAACUCCUGGACCAAAUCCGUGUAGUUGAGCAAAAACGACCUGCAAGCAAUGUUUCUGCCAGCAUCCAGAGGGUCAGAGAGCUCAUUGCUCAGACCAGAAGUGUGGCCAGUAAGAUUCAAGUCUCCAUGAUGUUUGAUGGCCAGUCAGCUGUCGAAGUCCACCCCAAGACCAGGGUGGAUGACUUGAAAGCCUUCACGUCUCUGAGUCUGUACAUGAAGCCUCCUGUGAAGCAGCCAGACCUGAGUGGGACUGCAGAUCAAUUUAUUCUGUACCUCGGAAGCAAAAGUGCCAAGAAAGAAUAUAUGGGUCUGGCAAUAAAAAAUGACAAUCUGGUGUACAUUUAUAAUUUGGGGAAUAAGGAUGUGGAGAUCCCGCUUGACUCCAAGCCAGUGAGCACUUGGCCUGCAUACUUCAGCAUUGUGAAGAUUGAAAGGAUAGGAAAACAUGGGAAGGUGUUUUUAACAGUCCCAAGUCUAAGUAGCACCGCCGAGGAGAAGUUCAUUAAAAAGGGGGAAUUUGCAGAAGAUGAUUCACUGUUGGAUCUGGACCCUGACGACACAGUGUUUUAUAUUGGUGGAGUGCCUUCAAACUUCAAGCUCCCUGCCAGUUUAAACUUGCCUGGCUUCACUGGAUGCUUAGAAUUGGCCACUUUGAAUAAUGAUGUAAUCAGCUUAUACAACUUCAAGCAAAUCUAUAACAUGGACCCCUCUAAGUCAGUUCCCUGUGCCCGAGAUAAACUGGCCUUCACUCAAAGUCGGGCUGCCAGCUACUUCUUUGAUGGCUCUAGUUAUGCUGUGGUGAGAGACAUUACAAGGAGAGGGAAAUUUGGUCAGGUCACUCGCUUCGACAUAGAAGUUCGAACACCAGCUGAUAAUGGCCUUAUUCUCCUGAUGGUCAAUGGAAGUAGGUUUUUCAGCCUGGAAAUGCGCAAUGGUUACCUGCAUGUGUUCUAUGACUUUGGAUUCAGCAAUGGCCCAAUGCGUCUUGAAGACACAUUGAAGAAAGCUCAGAUUAAUGAUGCUAAAUACCAUGAGAUCUCUAUAAUUUACCAUAAUGAUAAGAAAAUGAUCUUGGUAGUUGACAGACGACAUGUGAAGAGCAUGGACAAUGAAAAGAUGAAAAUACCUUUUACAGACAUAUACAUCGGAGGGGCUCCCCCAGAAAUCUUACAAUCCAGGACCCUGAGAGCACAUCUUCCUCUAGAUAUCAACUUCAGGGGCUGCAUGAAGGGUUUUCAGUUCCAAAAGAAAGAUUUCAAUUUAUUGGAGCAAAAAGAAACCUUGGGAGUCGGUUAUGGGUGUCCAGAAGAUUCUCUUAUAUCACGCAGAGCAUAUUUCAAUGGACAGAGUUUCAUUGCUUCAAGUCAGAAAAUAUCUUUCUUUGAUGGCUUUGAAGGAGGUUUUAAUUUCCAAACCUUACAGCCAAGUGGAUUAUUAUUUUAUUAUGCUUCAGGGUCUGAUGUGUUCUCCAUUUCACUGGAUAAUGGCACUGUGAUCAUGGAUGUAAGAGGAUUCAAAGUGAAAUCAGCAAAUAAGCAAUACAACGACGGGCUGUCCCACUUCAUUAUUGCCUCUGUCUCACCCACAAGAUAUGAACUGAUAAUAGAUCAGAGCAGACAUAGGAAUAAGAAUCCCACCACGGGGAAAGUGGAAGAGACACAGCCAAAUGAAAAGAAGUUUUACUUUGGUGGCUCACCCAUAAGUCCUCAAUACAAUAAUUUCACUGGCUGUAUAAGCAAUGCCUACUUUACCAGGUUGGAUAGAGAUGUGGAGGUGGAAGAUUUCCAGCGAUAUUCCGAAAAGAUCCACACUUCUCUGUAUGAGUGCCCUAUUGAGUCUUCACCAUUGUUUCUUCUUCACAAAAAAGGAAAGAAUUCCUCCAAGCCCAAAACAAAUCAGAAUAAAAAGGGAGAAAAGAGUAAGGAUGCACCUUCAUGGGAUCCUGUUGGCCUGAAAUUCCAGGAGAAGGAUGCUCCAAAAGACUCUCACUGCCACUUUUCCAACAGCCCCCGAGCAAUUGAACAUGCCUAUCAAUAUGGGGGCACAGCCAACAGCCGCCAAGAGUUUGAACACUUAACAGGAGACUUUGGCGAAAAAUCUCAGUUUUCCAUUCGCCUGAAAACUCGCUCCUCCCAUGGUAUGAUUUUCUAUGUCUCAGAUCAAGAAGAGAAUGACUUCAUGACGCUAUUCUUGGCCCAUGGUCGUUUGGUUUUCAUGUUCAAUGUUGGCCACAAGAAACUGAAGAUUAGAAGUCAGGAGAAAUACAAUGAUGGAUUGUGGCAUGAUGUGAUAUUUAUUCGGGAAAACAGUGGUGGUCGACUGAUAAUUGAUGGUCUUCGAGUCCUUGAAGAAAGUCUGCCUCCCACUGAAGAGGCCUGGAAAAUCACAAGUCCCAUUUAUCUGGGAGGCGUGGCUCCUGGGAAGGCUGUGAAAAAUGUCCAGAUUAACUCAGUCUACAGUUUCAGUGGCUGUCUCAGCAAUCUCCAGCUUAAUGGGGCCUCCAUCACCUCAGCUUCUCAGACCUUCAGUGUGACUCCUUGUUUUGAAGGCCCAAUGGAAAUGGGAACAUACUUUUCAACAGAAGGAGGAUAUGUGGUUCUAGAUGAAUCUUUCAAUAUUGGCUUGAAGUUUGAGAUUGUAUUUGAAGUGCGUCCCAGAAGCAGUUCUGGAAUCCUUGUUCAUGGCCACAGUGUCAAUGGGGAGUACCUGAAUGUUCACAUGAAAAAUGGGCAGGUCAUAGUAAAAGUCAACAAUGGCAUCAGAGACUUCUCCACCUCAGUAACCCCCAAGCAGAGUCUCUGUGAUGGCAGAUGGCACAGAAUUACAGUUAUUAGAGAUUCAAAUGUGGUUCAGUUGGAUGUAGAUUCUGAAGUGAACCACGUAGUUGGACCACUCAAUCCAAAGCCAGUUGAUCACAGGGAACCUGUAUUUGUUGGUGGUGUUCCAGAGUCUCUGCUGACACCACACCUGACCCCCAGCAAGCCCUUCACAGGCUGCAUUAGGCACUUUGUGAUUGAUGGGCACGGGGUGAGCUUCAGUAAAGCAGCCCUGGUCAGCGGCGCCGUGAGCAUCAACUCCUGCCCCACAGCCUAGGUCACGGAGUGGAGCUGCCCCAGGAUAAUGUUCUUUAGAGCACUGAAAUCAACACAAAACCUUCCUGCAGGAACCACAACUCUUCCUCCCCUGGAAGCUUUCAACUGGUCUAGAGGGAUGACUUAAAUGAAUCAUCAGGGACUGAAUGUUGUUUGUUAUUUUGUAUUUUAACUCUUGCCUUGGAUCCAAAAUGUCUGCAAUGGACAACAAUCAAAGGAGUGUUUAAACCUACUUGUAUGGACAGCACACUUACUUCCUACUGGUGAAAUAUACUGUUCCUGUUCCUAAUAAAAUAGAAGGGAUUCUAAAUAAACACUGGCACACAUUUUUAAAGUGUGGCUAGAUUCUGAGAUUCAUUUUUCUAUUAAGGAUGAUAACUUUCAAAUUCUCCUAAGUUACUUUUCUUUACUUUGAAAGACAUACUAAUUAAUAUCUAAAAUUAGAUGAUAUGUUUUCAGCAUUUCUUCUCUUUCUGGUCUAUUAGUAUAACAAUAAUAUUUUCGAUUUGCAGCUGUUAGUAAGGUUCAAUAAAUUUCUAA